CUUCUUCCGGCUUUAAAAAGUGGUGCCGCCUAUAUUAUGAUAACACCGAUAAACCGAAUAAUCUGAAAACCUAUCGCAUUUGUAUCGCUUUAGCGAUACUCUAGAAUCCAGAAUCCUAGUAAUUGGACCAAUUGGACGGCUCUGCACCGAUAUCAGCGGUGCGGUCAAUUUGACAGGACGUGAAGGGACAGGACGUGGAUAGCUAGAUAGGUGGGAGCAAAAUGGCUGGGAUGGUACCAAGGGCUGACCGUAACUACCUUCAAGGUCUUUUCCAAAAUGUUGACCGUGACCGGAGUGGCGCAAUUAGUGCAACAGAACUCCAGAGUGCGUUAUCAAAUGGUACAUGGAAACCUUUCAACCCGGAAACUGUCAGGAUGAUGAUAGGCAUGUUUGAUCGGGAUCGCUCGGGAACAAUCAACUUCGAUGAAUUUGCAUCACUUUGGAACUACAUCACCGAGUGGCUCAAUUGCUUCCGAGGCUUUGACAGGGAUGGUUCUGGAAGCAUUGACAGACAAGAGCUACAGCAAGCACUAAAUCGCUUUGGAUAUCGCCUGAGUGAACAAACAAUGACUGUGCUCUUGACAAAGUUUGAUAGAGAAGGAAAAGGAUCUAUCAACUUUGACGACUUCAUCCAGUGUUGUGUCACGUUACAGACUCUUACGGCAGCAUUCCGUUUCCAUGACACCGACCAAGAUGGCUGGAUCAAGAUAUCGUACGAGGACUUCUUGCAACUUGUCUUCAGCCUUCGUAUAUAAUGACUGAGUUGUUCUGCUACACUACAUUGUGCCCUCAGCAAAUUUUGUUUGUAUAUGUGAUAUGCACUUUUUGCUUUUUGUUCAUUAUCAACCAGUUUGCAAGGCUCAAGAAUUGUCUGCUGCCACUAUUAACUUUUGAUACUUUUGGUCUGGAUUGGGUAAUACUCAAUUCUUCCCUUAAAGUUCUAAAAGUGAAAUCCACUAAAGAGUAACACUUGUGAUUACUCCCUUAAGCAACAGAUACACUUGUGUUUCAAACAAAGGCUAGGACAUUACACAUCUUUUUUUAAUGUGCAUGGUGUACCCGUCGCCUGGUAAGCUACCAACCACAAAAUAUGAUUGGUUUGUAACAUGGCAGUUGAUGAAAAGCCUCUGCGAUUUGCGUUGUGAUUGGUUAUUGAAAAAAAAAAGUCUUUAGUGGGACUGGCCAUCUCCUUUUCUUUUAAACCAAUAACUUCUAAAUUACGGGUAAAGAGUGGCUCACAAUUUUUACUGCCCAAAUUUGAGGAAAAGGACUUGUCCCAAAAUAACUGAAGCCCAGGAUUUGUUGAAUGCUGAUCGUGUAAAAGUGCAUUACUUUUUCAUAUUCCCCAGUGUCAGUGAUGGAGAAUGUUUGAUGCACUAAGUAGUACUUGAGGGUGUCCUGAAAAGAUCUUUCCUCCCCCUCUUGGCCUUGCAUUGGACACUGUAGACAUGUUUUAGCUCAAAAUGAUUAAGAUAAUCACAGUUCUGUGUGCCCUCCUCAUCCCGGGAAAGAAAAAAAUCACUGCCACAUUUGCCCACCUCUCUGUUUUCCACUGUACAAGAAGAGGUUUGAAAGCCUGAAGUAAUUCCAACUAGGAUGCCAAAGACGAUGGCAAUCUCAGUUCUGGAGCAUCUCUGCCAUCUUACUGCAUGGGCGCUCCGCUAUGACAGCAAUGUCCCUUUUUCGUUGAAGGAAUAACGAAUGUUACAUAAUUGGAAAAGCAGUGCCUCAUAUAGUGCCUCGUACAGUACAGUGUGCUACAUUAGAAGGAGUAGUUAUGCUUCUAAAUCAGACCCACAUAUGCCUUGUUGAUGUCAUGAUUAUAACUGGCCUUACAGUUUGUGUGUUACCAGUGGCGUCACUAGGGGGGUGUGGUCCGCACCGGGUGAUGCGACAGAAGGGGGUGACAUGCUGCACCAGUACCGCCUCCUCCUCUCUUUUUCUGUAGCGAGGUGACGCCAAAAACAACCUAAGAAGCCCUUGGCGAGCAUGCGAUUUUUUUCUGCUUACGAUAUGAUACUGUUAAUUAUCGUGUAUCGCCUCGGAUGGAAAGGGACACAUUAUUGCGAGGGGGGGUGACGGAGCUCCCGCACCGGGUGACGCAUACCCUAGUGGCGCCGCUGGGUGUUACUUAUCUGUUCACGCAACCCCUAAAUUCUGUUCUGCUUUGACUGCAUCCUUACAGGUAUCGCUUUGAAGUACAUUCACUGUAGGAGUCCUUGGGGGAGGUGGAGGAUUGCUCAGGGAAAAUUUGUCUAUUAUAAGCGAUUCUGUGCUACUGAAUCUUCAUAGAAAGUGCAGGAGGGAUGUCACAUUUAUUGGUAGGGUCAAGCACCCUUUAUAAAAUUUCUAAAUUAGGUAACGGAGGGUGUGAAGCAAGCGCGUUGUCUGCACAAUCUAAGGUUGUUUUGAGAGUUCUAUAGCUUAGUGGUUAAGGCAUCUGCUUUGUAAACUUUCUGGUGUUCGAAACCUAACAUGCCUCUUUCAUUUGUCCUAGAAUUAGAUUUUUGCAGUUAAUGUUUUCGUACAGUUCUGCUCUGGUUUUUGUUACAGCUUGGAGGGAUAGCUUCAAACAUAUUCCCUCAGUGAUGACAUAAUGUAUGCUGUUUUCCCAGCCUUUAAAAUGAAAUAGUGCACAUUUUUUCCCGGUAUAUAUUUUACUAUCUUACUGGUUGAAUAAUUAAUCAUGGACUACACCGAUGCUGUAAUUCCGAGGGCUGCAAAAAGAUCCUUUUAGAGCUCGUCUGUAUUGUGUUUCAAAAUCCAGCAAAUCAUCGUUAAUAUAAGCACCACUGAUCGCACAAAUUUUGUACUGGUCGUGUUUGUUCGCUGCAUUUUUUUUUUUUUUUUGUUGGAAAAAUCUUUUGAUUCUGUUUGAUUUUGUUUUAUAUGAAGAUUUAACUUUACUAAUUUGUUAAUUCAUGGAAAUAAAAUUGAAGUUUGCAUUCA